UAAAAGUUAUAAGUUCAUGCAACACGGAGAAAAUUUAACGAUUUUUCUGAAUUGGUCAUAUUAGUAUUUUGGUGAUAAUGUGAUGAUUACUGUAGAAGUAUAUAUGACUUCUUCAUAUAUGGUGCAAAGUAAUAUCAACAAAUUAGGUUAGAGUGUAGAGAGUAUUUCGUAUACAAAGGAACGAAAGAAAACUCUAGGUGUUAAAGAUAUACACGAAUACCGAACUGGUACUAUUAUACGAGGUACAGGAGAUUAAUUCAAAGGGCAAUGGAGACUCUUAGACAUACAGCGGAGAGUAAUGACACAGCUGAGUACUUUGAAAGUUACGAUAAUCUGGAUGUGCACCAACUGAUGCUGAGAGACACCGUCAGGAUUCAAGCAUAUAAAAAUGCUAUCUUCUCAUGCACAGAAUACUUCAAGGACAAAGUGAUCAUGGAUGUUGGAGCUGGGACAGGUAUUCUGUCCAUCUUCUGUGCCCAGGCUGGAGCUAGAGUGGUGUACGCUGUGGAGGCAAGUGUUCUUGCCAACAUCAUUCCAAAAGUUGCGAAAGAAAACAAUUUCUCUGCUGUUAUUAGGGUACUUAAUCAAAGAGUUGAGGACGUGGUUCUGCCAGAAGGUGCAAAAGUGGACGUGAUCGUAUCAGAAUGGAUGGGUUUCUAUCUGCUGCACGAGGGGAUGCUUGACUCAGUGCUACACGCCCGCGACGUCCACAUGAAAGCUGAUGGGAAGAUGUUCCCUGAGAUAGCAAAGCUCUGGUGCGCCCCCUGCAGCAUGCCAGAGCUGUACGACUUCUGGGAUGACGUGGGUGGUGUUCGCAUGCAGAGUGUGGGACAGAUAUGGCGACAGCAGAAGAGCCAGGAACCACAGAUAGUCGAAAUAUCUGGCAGUAACUUGCUAACUGACCCAGUAAACAUUUGCACCCUUGAUUUACGCAGUAUCUCAUCCAGAGAACUGGAAUCAGUGUCAGGAAAGUUUGUGUUGCCUGCAAGUCAUGAUGGCAAAUACCAGGGGCUCUGCAUGUGGUUUUCCUGUGUGUUUCCUUGUAUUGAUGACGGUUCUCAUGGCACUGUGCUGUCUACAGCCCCAACUGAGCCACCGACACACUGGAAACAGGCAGUUGUAAUGCUUCCACAUGACUUCACUGUGGAAGAGGGAACGCCCCUUGCAUGGGAGCUGCGCCUACACAGAAGUGCCCUCAACUCGCGGCAUUACAGCAUUGAGUUCACCGAGCUGGACCCAGAGGCUGUGAAACAUCCUCUGCCUUGCAUGUGUUACAUGACCAAGUGCAUUGUGUUGCGGGCCUUCCUGGAGCAGAAGGAGGGCUGGUCCGAGGCAGAGGCAGGAGACGAGGAAGGUGAAGAACCUGAUGACAGUUGCAGCAGUGGUGACAAGGCAGAUGUCUAGCACAGUAACAGUGACACUUCUGUAACAUGGCUAUGUACAGCAAAUGCCCGCCAAACUGGAGUAAUUGCGGAGGUGAAGCAAAAUGUGGCCCUAAAAUACAAACAACUCAGAAAACAAUAAAUGUACAAUUUAUUGAUACAAGUUGUGCUGAUGAAAAUAAAUAAAAAUAUA